ACCUCUGCCACAUGACGACACAAGCCGGAAGCUGAGCAUAAUGUCUUCCGAGUAUCCCUGAUGGUUUCUGGGAGUGCUAAUAUUAGCUCGGUGCUAGGCUGCUGUAUUUAGAGGUGUAGCUCUGCUUUCAAGCCGCUGCCAUGAAUUAAACUUCAACAGUUGAACCCCAAUCCGCUAAACGUCUCGGUAAGUAACUAAAACACCCAUCUAAAAUUCAACAUACUGGUGUUAUUUUAUUAUAAUAACGGUUUUCUAACGUGUAGUGUCAGCGGACCUGAAUGAACAUAAUAACAUCGCUGCUCUAUUUACACAGCUGCUCUGGCUAACUGCUCCGUUAGCUUAGCUGUUAGACAAGUUAGCUUUCACAUCAUUUGAAGGAAAUUAGCUCCUCUUAUAGCUGUGAUGUUAUUGUGUAUUGAACAUUUGCCUUCACACAGACUAUUCCUGUCACCUGUAUCACAUUGUUGACUGUUCUGUUAUUUCAGGGUGUUUGACUUUGGCUAAGUGGCUAUCUAUUUUGGUUUGGAAACUAGGAAGUCAACAUGCUAACCGUACUUAUUUAUUCAUUCAGCAGUCUAACAGACUUACCAAAGUGCUAGGUAAAAUGAUAUAUGUUCUACAUUGUAGGGCUGAAAACACUGACAACUUGAUGAGAAUAUAUAGGGGAGAGUGGGGUAAGUUGAGCCACCCCCUGUUGCUUGGAAAUGGUAAAAGAAAUUGAUCAUGUGACCAAAUAUUUAGGAGCUGGGCAUCAAUUAAUGGAGUCUGUGAAGGUUAGAAGCACAUGGGUGAAGAGGUUAGACAUUUAUAAAAAAAAAAAAAACAUUUUCACUCAUGAAAGUGAAUUCAGUCUGUCAUAAGUUUUAUUAGAAUUGUGUUCAGACCAAAAAAGAUCAUUUAAAAUUUGUUUUAUCAUCAAUUGUGGUAUCUAUGAACUACAACAUGAGGUCUAACACCAAAAAAGUCCACCGUUUUAGCUUAGAGGACUAAUAAAGUCAUAAUAGUCAUUUGUGGGUAAGUUGAGCCAGUGACUAAACUGAGAAAGUAAAGGAGUCUGAUGAGAGGAUCAGAGUUUCAGUUCAGAUUGUUGAAAUGUUUUACUUUUUCUUGUCAUAAAUACAGCUGUGAAUGCUCUGAAUCACUUAAAGUAUGGCUCAACUUACCCCGCUCCUAUGGUCAACUUACCCUAGGAGAUCACUUUUUUUUUUGGCAUGCUAUAUUAUCAAGACAGUUAUGUUUACACUCAUUCUGUUGGUUUGCAGGGAUGAACAACAUCUUGAAAUAUAUGCAGAUACACUAGUUAGAGACAAAACUAUGAUUGCCUUAAUGUGGUGAUCCAGAAUAUGAAAAAUGGCUCAUCUUACCCCACUCUCUCCUAUAGACAGAAAUCAGAUUAUCACUGUUUAUGCACUUCUUUCCUGACAUUGAAUAUUCAAGCAUCUGUUGUUGGCCUGUGAUUUUGAAUUCACCAUAUUUACCUUACCUCACAGGGUUUCUAAUAUGUGUCAUUGAAACAGAAGCAGACUGUCAUUGAAUAAUAACUGUGUUUGCAGUGGCUGGCUGUAGAGAGAGAGAGGUAUCAGAGAUGUAUGCCUCUGGGAAAUACAGCUCGCGGGGGCCCGCUCUUAUCCCCCGGAUGAAAACCAAGCACCGCAUCUACUACAUCACCCUCUUCUCUGUGGUUCUGCUCGGACUUAUUGCCACCGGGAUGUUCCAGUUCUGGCCCCACUCCAUUGAAUCUGCAGCCGACUGGACCCUUGAUAAACGCAGCGUUCAUGACGCUCCUCUUGUCCACCUGCCUGUCUCCAGCCCCAUUCCUGAGAGGGGUGACCUCAGCUGUCGUAUGCACACCUGUUUUGAUGUGUACAGGUGUGGCUACAAUCCCAAAAACAGAAUCAAGGUAACUACUACAACCCUGCUAUCACCGUGCUUCCCUUUAAUUUUCUUCUGUGCCUCUUGUUGAAAUCAGAUCUUCUGUUUCUACAGGUCUACAUUUACCCUCUGCAGAAGUUUGUGGAUGAAUUAGGGGUUCCCAUAAGCAGCACUGGACUGUCUCGGGAAUACAAUGAUCUGCUCAGCGCCAUUUCUGACAGCGACUUUUACACUGAUGAUGUCACCAGGGCUUGUCUUUUCAUCCCUUCAAUUGAUGUGCUCAAUCAGAACUCACUGCGAAUCAGAGAAACUGCACAGGCUCUAGCAAUGCUGCCCAGGUAACAUUUACACUAGACAUAGUUGGUGAUGAAAUUAUUUUCAGUUUAAUCAAUCAAUCAAUCAGCCAAUAGUAGUAGUCAGACUUUUUUUUUAAAGUACUUUUCAGACAUUGAAUGAAUCACAAAGUGCUGUCCAUUCAAGCAGGAUAUUAAAAACAAUGAAAUAAAAUAAAUACAAAUACAAAUACCAAACCCCACCCACUCUCCCAACCCCCGUUCAACACACACAGCACUCACACGCUCACACACACAGAUGCACACACAAAGGACCAGGCGAGGACUCUUUAACUUGCCACAGAUGACUGUUUAAUUGUUGUUUGUUUUGCCCUGAUGACAUUGUUAAAAUUUCUCUUCCAUCUGUCUUUUUCUCAUUAUUGUAGAAGCUAAAAUGUGACAUUUUCAUGACCAAAAGACUCCUCAGACUAUUAUAUACCAGUAAACUCUGCAUGGUGGAAACUAGAAAGUAUUUUUUCGCCAAAUAGUAGUUCUUUAGUACCUUAACAUACCAUAACAUAACAAAGGAGGGUAAUGAUAUUUUAUAAUGAAUAAUCUAAUUGAAAGAGUUUUUACUUUUACUCAUAAAAUGAUCUCUUAUCACUCAAGUACAAACCUUGUGUUUCUUUUGGAUAGAUGGGACAAAGGAAUGAAUCACCUCCUUUUUAACAUGUUACCUGGAGGCCCUCCGGACUACAACACUGCCUUGGAUGUUCCUCGAGACAGGUAACUACAGUACAUGUCAAAGUUAGUACUACAAUAUAAGAAUGCAUGCAUUCAUGUUUUAGUCAUGGUGAUAUGUUAAAUUCCCGAUGAAAGUUCAUUACAUAGUGAACUUACACAGUGAAGUUACUCACGUUUCUGGUUCCUUGUAACUUGCAGUAUUAGAAGUAGCAGCAUUGAACUUUUUACUCAGGUUAAAAAAAACAAACAAACAAAAAAAGAAAAUCUGUCUCAUGGUUCCUGGAAAGAGAAUUAUUAUUUUUCAAGCUAUACGAGAUUAUGCAAUUCUUGGUAGUAUUUUUCAUAACUGCAGCCACGUGCGUAAGGAGUACGAAAUACAGCGAAAAAGAAACAAAUGUUUACUGCCAACUGAGAGAUAAGAUAUUCCUCUGGAGAUAUUUCAUAUCUGUUUCUGUGUACCAGCAAGGGGUCUUUGUGUCUUCAUAUGUUCUUUAAGCUCUCUUGAUGAAUGAGGAAGGAAGAGGUUAGUUUUAUGAACAUUAAGCAGCCUUGAGACAAUGAACACUAUCUUUUAGCUGCAAGGAAUUUCCUGGGCUCAUCCAGCUGGAGUUCAUUUUAUAUGGAUCCUUAUCAAAACCAGGUGUGUGUGACUGUCAGUGUGUUUCCUCUCUGGCAAAAAAUAGAAAUAGGUCUUGCUUUGUGUUACUUCAUGUCCCACAUUAGCAUCGUCCGUAGAAGAAGUGUACAAAGGUAGCAAAAGACUAUGUAUAUAUAUAUAUAUUUUUUCGCUUAAGUUUGCUCUUGUAGCUUGUGUUUUUCAAAAUCCCUCGUGUUUUCAAGCAUUGUUACAGCCAAGUCUAUUCGUUUCAGAGCACUGCUGGCUGGAGGCGGUUUCUCUACAUGGACCUACAGACAAGGUUAUGAUGUCAGCAUCCCGGUGUACAGCCCCCUCUCUGCAGAUGUUGAGCUGCCUGAGCGACAGCCUGGGUGAGCAUGUCCUUUCAUUAUCUUGUUUGAAUACCAGAUUGUGACCAAAUUAUACCACUAUUUUAGUCAACAACACCUCUGCGCUUAAUCUUUAAAUCAAGAUAAUGAUGCAUGCUGAUUAUUAUGAAGCUCAAAUUAAGUAAUUACAGAUUAAAUACAGUAUAAAGUGUAACUAGAUAAUCAUCUGUUACUUUUCUCUGUUUACUCAGACCAAGACGCUUCUUCAUCCUGUCUUCUCAAACCGCCAUCCAUCGAGAGUACCGUGCCGAACUUGAACGUUUGAAGGAAGAAAAUGGAGAGGCACUGCUCCUUUUGGACAAGUGUAGCAACCUCUCCCAGGGUGCAGCCUCAGCACGAAAACGCUGCUAUAAAGGACAGGUGUAUGACUACCCUCAGAUCCUGCAGGUGGGCAGAACAAAUGCAAAAAAAGAUUAUUUAUGAAUUUCUUAUUUAUGGAAAAGUGAGCUGGACAUGUCUGCUAUCACACCAUUGAACGUUUGCUCCUUACUGUCAUUUUAGGAGUCUUCAUUCUGUGUGGUUCUGCGGGGGGCACGUUUGGGUCAGGCUGCACUUAGCGAUGUGCUGCAGGCUGGCUGUGUCCCUGUUGUCCUUGCUGACUCUUACAUUCUGCCAUUUUCUGAAGUCUUGGACUGGAAAAGGUCUGCCUGUCACUACACAGCUGAAAAAACAUGUCAGUAUUUUGACCGGUUUGCCAUUUCAGGUCACUUACCCAAUGUUUCUGUUUCUGCAUAGGGCAUCUGUGGUUAUUCCAGAAGAGAAGCUAUCAGAGAUGUACACCAUCCUCAAGAGUAUUCCUCACAGACAAGUGGAAGAGAUGCAGAGACAGGUAAAGUCAUGAUGCGUAGCUGUGGAGAAAUAAUCUGUUGGAGCAACUUACUCAGCUUUCUUUUUAUUUAGAAAGUGUAUAAAGAUGAAUGCAUGUGCAGCAUAGUUUGGUUUUUAUUUAAAAACUCAAUCCACAGUUGAUCAGAGAUGCUGUCAGUGAGGUUCAAGACUUGGAUUUCAUAUCUUGGAUGUACUUGUGCCAUAGCCAACCAAUCAACAAACUAUUAGAGUCGUAAAAAAGCCAAGACAAAUUUCAAAUGUGGUGCCACAGACAGAGACUUGGAUACCGCUCACACUUCUUGUAAGUUAGAGUUUCCUUUCUUGCUUAGUUUGGGUUUUAAAAGCUUUCCAAUGACUCAAGUGUGUUGAUUUUAGCUUCAGUGAAAUGCAGGGGAGACAGCUUUCUCUCUCUUUCCAUGUGAUAUCUACAUUGAGCCACAAUAAACAAAGGUGAAAGCAUCUAAGAGGGAAGCACACCAGCUCAGCUGCUACUCAUUCCCUUGUAUCAACUCUAGUCCAUUUACUAAUUAUACUAGCCAAACACACUGUUUUGGCCAAGGGCUUAGAGAAAGACUCGGGGUUGGAUUUCAACAGACCAGCUCAAAAAAAAAAAAAACAUGGCUUCAGGUAUGGGUAGGUGGUUGUAUUUUCCUCUGAAUAGCUCCAGUUAACUUGGUCGCAUAGAUUUUGAAGUAUUUAUGCUGGUCACGGUACUCUUCUUCUUCUGCCCGCUCGUAUGGUUUGAAUUGCUGAAAGCAGAGUCAUGUUUAAAUCCUAUCUUUAAAGGAGUACGUUUAUCAUAAAUUCAGUCAAACUCUGGUGUACACUGAGAGCAGUUUUUCCUGCUGUGGGCCUCAGGUCACUGUUGAUAUUGAGGUCACUCUAAAGCAUCAAAGUGUUCUUACCUGUAAUUUAAUUCACUAUCACAAGUUGAAAUUCUGUGACAGGAGUUUGUUUUCUGUUCAUAACAUUCAGCUCUUUUGCUCUGUCACAAUUAUCAUUUAGGUUGACUAGAAAAAUCAGAGUCCAUACAGAUGCAAUUUGAAAACUAAUUGUUUUUAUGCUAUUGUAGGAAGAAUUGUAUGGUAUCAUACUGAAACAGUCUUGUUCAGUAGUUUUAGCCUUACUAUGAAUUUAAUUUCUGAAGGUACUGGCUUAUCCCAAACCUUUUACACUUGUGGUAUUUGAAAGAAGCCAAGUACACGUAUCCAGCUGUUUGUACUUGAAGUCAAAUGAAAUUCACAUGAGCACACCAAAAACACAUUUGAUUGAUUAGCAGCAUAAUACCAUUCAGGAAUGAGAAAAUCCGGGAUUAGAUGCUGCACAAAUAGAAUAGUCAACCUUUCUGUUCCCUAAGAAGACUGGAGAAAAAAAUUGGGAGCAGCGGUAUUUUCAGAAACAACUCAAAUCUAUUGAGUUAUUAAAGAGAAAUAACAUCGCCUUACUUCGAAGGGUCUCUUUCUGAUACAAUUUUUAGUAAUUUAUGUUGUGUCUUUAGUAUUAUAUUGUGCUUCCCAGGAGUAUAAGAAAAGGUCUUUUUAAUGCGAGUCUUCAUGAGAAAAACUUUUCUUUGGAGCUCAGAUCCUAGUGACUGAGAGAGGACGUUCAAAGUUUGCCUGAUAAACUUUCACCAGCAGAGGGCUCAGCAGCCUUUACUUUCACACUUUGUUUGUCUCCUCCUGUGCUGUUUACCACCACAUGCCUUGACUGAAAGGCGACAAAUGUUAAAGACAAUGCGUAUUAAUCCCUCCGGAAACUCCAUGUAAUUAAAAACUCAUGUAAUACUUGAGUGUGUUUCAACAUGAGCAACAGUUAGUCUUUCCAAGAAUCAAAGGCCUGAUGCCAACAUGAAAAAUAACCCAGUCAAAGAAACAUCGCUCACUUCUUAUUGGGGCAGAUCACCAUGGUAACUUAUAUUGGUGGGGGUUCAGGUUGGGCACAGUUAUUUAGUGUGCUGUCCUGGUAUCAUACGUAAAAGCAGAGCCUUGAAGCUGUCUUAUUUAUUAGAUAUGAAAUUACAUAUGCUUCUAACUUGGAAUUAUGUUUCAUAUUGACUUUUAUUAUUUCCAUAGCUGCGGCUGAAAUAGUCCAACUAUAACUGUUAACAUGCCGCAAGAAUAAAUCAAGGCAAAAAUCUGUUUGAGGGACGAAACAGGAGUUAUUACAGACAGAUCGAUUUUGCACAGAUGAUGGGAAUAGAGAUGAAUUAAGUUGAACUGGAGCUUUUUUUUUCUUAACCGUCAGUUCAUUCAUUUCACAAAUGCAGUUGGGUUAAUUUUAGUCCAAAUAACGUGUGAAGUUGAUAAGUUGAUAACCAGCUUUGUGGCACCACUUAGCCUAACCUCUUGUUUUAGAUUCAGUGAAGACACACAACCAAAAGAUUUGCGGGUUAUAUUGAGCCUGCUUCAUAGUGUAGGCCUCAGGUCAAAUUGAUAUUACUGUUUAGCCUUCAUCAGUCGACUGCAAACUUGCUUCAGACAGCACAACUCAUUUUUCAAUUUGUUAUUAUGUAAUGGCAUUUAGGUCACAUUUUAAAAGGCUUAAUACUAAACAGCUGCUCAAGUGAGACCACUUAGCCCAUGUUUGUGAACCGGCAUCCACAAGCCUCAUUUGGGCUGCUAUGCACUAAAAUGCCCUACAGAGAUAUAUUACAUUAUCUCAGCAGGUGAAGUUAUAUUUUUUAAAAUUAGAAUAUAUAAGAUAGGAGGAGGGAUUUGAGUCUCCCCUGCUGUCGCCUUUGUAUUGAGAGCGUUUGUGCGUUUUAUCUUUGAAACUCUUUUUGUUGCCGUGACUUCAGUUUAGUCUCUGCUCCUGCCUCGGCUGUUUCCUUCUUUUCAGCCCAGUCUUACUUUCACUUGCAGCCCCUCAUCUGGGACUAAACAGCCAGGUUAAUGAAAGUAACUUGUGUCAGUAACUUUUUGUGUUUUAGUGUGAGUCAAUAAUGUGUGACAGCCCUUUAAGUUUUACAAACUAUAGUUUCACAUUUUGAUCUCCUUAUGCUGUUAAUGUAGGUUUCCUUACUUUUACAAAUACAGGAGUAUACUAACCCAGGGUUUAAAACAGGGGUGUCCCGAUACCAUAUCGAUAUUGGUUCAAUAUCAGCAAAACAACAAAUAUCAGAUUAUAUCGGCCUGCAUCUAAAAUCUCCAACAUCAGCACUCUGAUACAAGCAGUCCAUUCAAGACUCAGCUUCAGCACCUCUAUCUAGCAGCGCCCAUAUCCACAUGAUCACAACGUCAGUGUGUACUAAGGUACUAACAAAGUACCAAGGAGUAGGAGUGAUGUCGGCCCUGUGGCAGUAUUUUUCAUUAAAGUCCAAAAAAGACUUUGCAGCUGAGUGCAAAACUUGUCAUGCACAAGUUUGUGCUAAUAAGGAUCAAUAUCGGUAUCGGACUAUACUGAAAGCUACAAUAUCGGUAUAUUAUUGGAGUUAAAAAAGUUGUUAAAAAUUUGGACACCCCUAGUUAAAAAUAAGAUUUUGAAAUGUGAAGGUUGAACAAGAAAAAAGUUCAGUUUCAUGGUGUGUCUUCAAUUUACUAUUACAAUAUUACAAUUUAACGUGUACAAGCAAUAACUGUCCCUCAAAAUCCCUAAAUCCUCCUCACCAGACUAUUGAGAACUAAUUUACAUUUAAGGGAGCAGGUAAUUACUCCAAGCAAGUUAUGUAUUAUAUAUCUUUUAUAGACGUGUUUUGAUCACAGUUCAAAGUAAAGUGCUAAUAAGUCCGAAACAAAAGAACAAUCCCAGUGAGCAGCUCACAGACUGAAACAAACUCAGUUUCACUGCUGUUUUUGAUUAUGUCAGAAACUCUAAUGAUCGCCCGGUUCUGUCCGCAGUUCACUGACUGCCAAUUCUGCUCCAUAGGUUAAAUCAUCUGUCAGACACUUGACAACUUCCACUGAGUUAAACUAAGUGAUGUAGACCGCUGUUUUUGAUCAGCGUGUAAUUUAAAGUAAUUAAAACAAAAGGAGAGUGAAGGCUGGUAGGGGGAGCUCACUGGAAGGAAAUGAGAAGAUUCUUUUUUUUGUGCUCGUCAGUCAGAAACAAAGUGUGGACUUUACCCAAGCUGAUGCAAAUUGAAGAUGGAGUAAGGGUUUUCUCUUCCUGCUCAUAAAAAUUCCUACAGGCGCUGGGUGGGGGCAGCGGAGGGUGGGACGAGCCCUCGGGCCAGCACAGUUUGCUUUCUGCCUCCUCCCGUUCAGAAAAGAAACUUUCAUCGCCAGCUGAUUUAUGGGCCAUUUGGAUUCCCCCUUGAGAUUUGAGAGUCCUUUUGGAUUCUCCUCAUCCCCUCAAUAAAAAUAAAGGCUGUUUUUGUGCUGUUGCACAUUGCCCGUGUCUUACUCAGUUCUGAGAAAAAUGGGCAGUUUGGCAAUUGUUAGAAUCACGUGCCACUAAGACUGUCUAUUUUUCAAGCAGAAGACUAUGUUGCAAUACAAGGACAGAUGAAAUGUAGCGCAGUGAUUCAUACAUGAACACUAAAUAUUCCCAUUUCUUCUAUCCAGUCCUUCCUUCGGGUCACUGAGGAGGAUCCAGCAGACUGGAGCUGGGUCAGAGUAACAGUGCCUCUAAGGUUUAGAGAUGAUGUUGUUUUAAGCUUCAUUAACUCUUGUCGAGUACUCUUGCCUCUGGACUAACCUUUGAAGUUGCUUUAAUAGAAUUGGAGCCUACAGUAAGCAAGGAGACAAAGCCAUUGCUACUUUAGAUUGAUCUUUUUUUUGGUAUAAAAAGUAAAAGAUAAAAUGUUAAACUUACAAUAACAUCAGUAAUACACGCCCUGCUUGAGUAUUCUGUUUUAUCUUUGCUGUAUUCCCUGAUAACAAAGCCCAAACUGAAACUGUGAAUGAAGAUGGUUUAAGUUAAUAUCCCAGCAGCCAGCGUGAUAACAUGAGGACACGGGUUAAAAGUUCACGUAACAAUAAAGUCUGCUUUUCACAUGUGAGAUCUGUUGAGGUUGAACAGGCAUAGUCAGAAGAGAUUUUAAAGAGCUUCAGGAGAGAUGAUGUUGAAGGUCAAGAGGCUUCAGAGGGAUGUGAGAACUUUCUCUAAAGGCUUUGACUGAAGGAGAAGAUGUGGAUUUUAUAGUUAUGACUGCACAAAGGUGUUAAAUUUUGUCAUGUAAUGCUGCAUAUUUUCUUUUUUUUAAUCUAACCUCUGCACAUUUUUAUGUCUGCAUCAUUAUGUUUUUCAGUUUUUGUGUGUUUGAUUAAAAAAACAUUGUGCCAAAUGUGCAAAGCAAUGUUGAUCCUUUAGGCUUUCUUUCUUUUUUUUGCCCUGUAUUGUAAUUUUUUGAUGCAUUUUAAGAAGUCUGUUUUAAUUUGUCCACAGGCGCGAUGGUUCUGGGAGGCCUACUUCAGCUCCAUGAAGGCUAUCGGCUUGACAACACUUCAGAUCAUCAAUGAUCGCAUCUACCCGUAUGCUGCACGCACCUAUGAACAAUGGAACAACCCGCCUAUCGUGGUAUGUAGCUGUCCUUUUCACCAUUUGGAGAGGUUAUUUUUUUAUUUAUUGUGUCUUUUCUCCCUUUAAGUUUUACAAAUACUCAAGUACAUAAAUAGUUACAUAAUCUGUACAGUCUGUUUUCUUUUCUUUGUAAGCUGCUUUGUAGGGCUGGGCGAUAAAUCGAAGUUUUAUCAGACAGGUGAGGAGAUGGAGGACGGUUCAAAAGUUGUAGCGGCAGCUAAAGUAGACAAAGUUAAUGUGGGAGGGGGUGAGCAGCUUAUGGAGUAGUUAUCAUUAUGGAGUAGUUAUCAUCCAUUUAUCGUUAUCGAGGUGAACUGCUCAAUAUAUCGUGAUAUUGAUUUGAGGACAUACCGCCCAGCCCUAGUCCUUACCAUACAUUCUUCUGUUGGAGCUUUCUCUAACUUUUACAUAUAGUCAGGAGUACAUAAAUAGACGUACAUAAUCUAUACAGUCUGUUUUCUUUUCUUUGUAAGCCUCUUAGUUGUAUUUCUUAAAGUCUUUAUAUUGAGGAAACCUGAGUUGGACCUAACAGAUGCUCCCUCUGCCACAUUAGCCUCCACACCCUCCUGUCUCUUGUAAAUCAAAGCCUCUGUGGCAGAGUGACAGUAGUUGCCAUUAAGUCUUUCUUUCUGAAGCCCCACACAUGCCGCCACUUUACAGAUUAGUUUACACCCAGCCAGCUCGGAGGCCGCCAGUUUGUGUCAGCAGUUCUGCACGAGGAGGAUGCCUCCGCUGUGGUGAAAAUAAAGUUCCUGCAUGUCUGAGUCAUUGUGUUUGUAGUUAGUGCGCUGGAUGUGAAGGAUGGUGUGUGUGUUUUAGCAUCCCUGCGGUUGUGGGAGUUUGUGGCUGCAGACAGUUUGGCUGUGCGAUCAUCUCUCAGGAGCUGUUAAUCAGACAGAUCUGAUCUAGAUUCUUCUCCCUCCUCGGUCUGUGGGCCGCAGCCGUGUGUAUGUGAACAUGUGUAUGAAUACAUGAGUCGGCUCGCAUCUGUCUAAUGUCCACAUACAUGCCAGUAAAAGUAGUUUAAAGAGGUGACGGCCACAAUCAGUUGACAACGGUGUAAACAAGUGGAAUUCAGUGCAGUGAUUUCUGAUGUGUAUAAAUUUGAUUGCUCUCUAAUCUUUACAGCCAGUCACAGGAUUUAUAAGUCGAUCCGCACUUACACUUGACAUUGCCAACUUGCGUCAUAAUGUUUUGCCUGAGUAUCUGCCCCUCUCAGUGCGUUCAAUCAGGAUCACUCAGGUCUGAAGGUUUGUCCAGGGUCAGAGGUUAAUCAUAUCAGGGUAAAGGUUUUUGGCCAUUCGUGCCUGAGAUGGGAGAUGAAGUGUUUUCUCGAUGGAUUCAGUGAAUGGAUAGUGAGAAGAACUCGCACAAAGCACUAAAUAAAUCAGACAGACAUUUUUACCCCUCCCCUCUCGUUGCCUUUUGGCUGGUAAUUGAAAGCACAUUUCCCAGGAUUGCUGAGGAUUUCAGAAUAUGGGACAGGCUGCUUUUUGUUUGGGACCUAUAGGUAUUGGGCAAAUGUUUAUACGCAUCUCCACCAUCACAUUUAAGUUUAAAAAACUGUUUCUGUGGUUUUUGGUACAUGGGCACUUUAUUUAGCUUACAAGUUACAGAACAAGUGCAAAGUACUUGAAUGAUUUUCUUCACAUGACAUGAGGAAAAGAGGCUUGAAGCGCUGACUUUCAGAUUCAUUAUGAAGGUGUUUGACUUUUAUGGAGUAUUUAUGUUUUGUAUCUUUCAGCAGCAGCUAAUAGUAGGUUGUUUUUAAAUUCUGUGCCCCAAGAUAAAUUUAUCCUUGUGAUACUUGAAUGUUCGGCUGAAAUUCAAUGAAAACAUGUACAAAUUGUACAGAUGUAUUAAUGGAUAGCUCGUUUUCAAGGGGGUCCAAUAUGAAUCAUGCAAUACAAUACAACAUUAUACGAUACAACACAGUCACAAACACAUAGUUGCAAACAACAUACAUUGGCUCUUAGUUAGCACCCAACCCCACAUCAUUUUCACAAGCCCACAUCACCCACACAAAGCACAUAGUAUAGCACUAAACCAUUACUACACCAUCCAUGGAACAGCGAAAGCACUAAUGUACGAUAAAACAUAAUAAUCUGUAAACAGUAAAACUAAUAAAGCAACUACAAUAGAUACAGAAAUACUUGCAACAUAGCAUCCAUUACAAGCAUGUCAAAUUUUACAUGUGUGAAUGCAUCUUAAACACCUAGCUCAUCUUCACCUAUCAUCCGAAAAAUCAUUUUACCUUUGUCUAAGAUGAACAGUAAAGAAGAGGCUUAGGGCCACUGGAGUAAAAGAAAAAAGGUCUAAUAUAUUUUUUUAAAAUUAUUAUUCUGAGAUUAAAGUCAGGAUUCUGACUUUUUUUUCUCAGAAUAAUAAUUAAAAUCUUUAAAUUUUAAAUUGACAUCAGACCUUUUUUGUAUUUUCAGUGGCCCUAAUCCUCUUCCGUAGAAUAGGCACUACUCAAGCAAUGCAAAUAAAAACAACUAUAAGAUCUUUUACAGUGUCAAUACAAUUACAAAAACUCAUUAACGUCUUUCAGAUCUGUCGGUGACACAUUAAGUCGCGGCUUUCUUUUCAUCUAAUUUAUUUAGCUUGACAAAUGACUUAAGUGGUGUCUGUCUACCUCUUCUCUGUUUUAAUGCAGCUCCUCUGCUGCUGCGUAAAUGUGUGACUUUAAUUAUUUCCCCCUCCACUUGUUUGACAAUGUGAGAAUGACCACAAGGAAGUUUCCGCUUGCUUAUAAAGUGACUUUAUUAGUGGAACAGUGACUGAUGUUGAGUAAAAAGCAGCGGCUGUGUGUCUGUUGACAGACAUGUGACGAUGCUGUAGAAGGAGCCGCAUAAUCACUGUGUGGCCACCUUAGCCGAGGAAGAAACAGGGUUAAUAUGUGCUUCAAGAGGCCCACAGAUUUACUGUGUUAGAUAUGCUCUCUUUGCCAGUUUCAGCUUGUUUGUCACUGUAAACAGGGUGGAGCAUUUUUGGACCCUUUGAUGAAGUUAAUCAGAGUGAGUUUACUUGUGUUUUGGUACACAUGCUUCAAAAUGAAAGAUAUGGUUCAUCUUUUCAUGGUAUUUUGAGUACAACAACCAAGUUAUUGUCUGUAUCUAUCAACACCAGCCUUCAUAUGUGUCUUAAUAAUGUUUUAAAGUUUAUUGCACACUGAAAUCAGAUGACCCUCCCGUGUCUUCCUUUUACUUCAUAAUGUCACCUAAACUGAGAAGAGUCAACAGGACGGUCCAGAUUCACAAGUCGUUUUCAGGAAAACCAAUGACAGAAAAACCCCAGAGGAUCUGUCAUCACAGGAGCAGUAGACGCAGGAGGGUAGCCAACCUGUCUAGUUUGCAAACCCCCCACUGGUCCUUCUCGCGCUCCUUCUCUUCUGCUUGUGUCGGGCGUACUUGGCUUCUGACUGGAAGCUUUUGGCGUCCUUCGCCUCACUUAGCCCCUGAGAGACGAUUUUUGGAUGGUUCUCUCUCCAUAAUAAAAACCAUCAUCUGGAAGUUACUGCAGGUGACCUCACUGUCCAUUGUAGCGCUGUUAUGGUGUAUUAAAUCAUGGAAAACGACAGUGUGGACACUGAAGACUUUAAGCUUGCUCUUCAUUGGCUCUACAUAGAAAAGUAAAAGACUGAUGGAGAAGUUAAGAAAAAUGUGAAACCUAAACAGUAUUUUUAAAAUCUCAUUUGUAUGUCUUGUUUUGUGUUGUCUUCCGCAGAAGUGGUCCAGUGUGAACAGUCCCCUCUUCUUGCCACUCAUCCCACCAAGAGCACCAGGGUUCACUGCUGUGGUUCUGACCUACGAUCGUGUCGAAAGCCUUUUCCGCGUUAUCACAGAAAUCUCUAAGGUGCCUAGCUUGGCUAAGCUCCUGGUUGUGUGGAAUAACCAGAACAAGAGUCCUCCAGAGGGUGAGUACAGAAAGUUCUUUAAAAAACUACAAAGUCAUUCACAUGGAAACCAUUGUCCUCCGACAUUACAUUGAGAUUUUUAAAAGGUUUAUUUGGUCACAACAGCUAAUGACUACAGAAGACAAGAACAGCCAUGGAGUUUUUGUUUUCUUGUGAUAAGGACUUUCUAUCUCAUUCUCUCGGCCCAACAAAGAUUGUUUUCUCGUGAUGUUGACAACAUGGCAAAAAAGUUGCCAUUUUAGGUCAGCUUAAAUGCCAUUUCCAUUAUCACGAGAAAACGAUCUUUGUUUUGUCAAGAUAAUGAAAAAAACAAAUUUCGUUAUCAUGAGAAAACAAACCUAUAUCGAGACAAUAACAUAAGUCGUUAUCACAAGAUAACAGUGUAUAAAAAAAAGAAAAAUCCAUGACCGUUGGGUUAUUAUUAGGUUUUUUUAUCUAAUUUUAUUAUUUCAAAACUUAAAUAUGAAAUAAGCGCCCAACCUUGAGUUGAUGUCCAAGAUCUUCAGCCAACAUGAAGUGAUGGUUAAUGAUGACUUUUAAAACUGUGCGCUCUCUACAGCGUGUCAGUGAAUUUAUGAUACAAAGAACUCUCUGCUUAACUUAGAUUUUGUUAUAAAACCUCUCAGUCCUUGUGUAUUUCCUUGUUUUUCAUUACUAUUGUAGUAAUAGUAAUAAAAAACAAGGAAAAACUGUCAAUAGCAGAUGUUGCGCAUCAGAGACGUGUCAUAGUAAAUUUUUUAGUUUGUAUUUAUCGCAUCUGAGAUGAAGUGCUGAUCCAUCCUCAUUCUUUGAUAGCUUACGUCAGACCCAGACUGCUCUAAACCAGGAGUUAAAUCGGUCCUACUGCUGCUGUAAGAGUUAACCAGUGUAAUGAAGUAAUGAGGAGACUUUGAAGUGCUCCCUCAUAGCUGCGAGUUGCUGUUUCAUUAGAGGCAUCAGCGGCGCCUUGCUGCAGCUUUGUGACCCUAUUUGAGUUAACAGGAGGCCACUGACAGGUCACACAGAGCUCAGUCCAAUAUGGAGGCAGCUUUUUUUCCCAUUCACACCGACUCUUAGAUUAACGAUGUGUUUACAGGCUCCCAGUUUGGCUCCUUUCCUCCUGUAUUUUUAAGAGGAUGCUUCGCAAAUGGUGUGUCUUUAAGAUUGUGUAUUUUACAACCUGAAAUAACACUGUCUUCAUCAGAAUGUCUUGACAUGCUUUCGUCUUUUUAUCUGUGGUUUUAUUCACACUAAAUGCACAAGGCUCUCACUCCUACUUUCUCCUUUGAGCCUUGUCACAAAAAUGAGAAAUGACAGCAGCAACAUUGAGUGAAAGAAAAGAAAAAAACUCUUCACAUUUAACUCCACAGUUUUCCUGACAAUAGCUUUUGACAGGAGACUACAGACGUGGCUGAGGACCAGGAGCUCCUCUUAAAGCCUGCCAGGCGUCAGUUACCCCAUUAAUGAGCGGACACAUUGUGUGUGAUCUUUCUGUGCCAUGGUCCGUGCCAUGGACACUGCCCAAGAUCUUUGAAAUGCAUCCCUGACAAAACACUUUGUUGAUGUGCCUCAUGAAGAAUCGCCGUGUGGUUAAAUUUGCACGUGCUUGAGGUUAGCUAACGACACCAGUCCGAUCUUGAAGUUAAACUCCCAGAGAACUUUUUUUUCCGCUGCCAGGACAGACUUCAAAUAUCUCUGUAAGUAAUAAAUGACAUCAUGGUCCCUCACCCAUCGUUAGACAUUGAUGCUUGCCAUAUUUAUAAUUUGGGAAGGGGGAGCACAUUGUGGUGUUACAUACUAUUAUACACAUUUGAAGUCUCUAUGCAGGACUACAGCUUUUUCCUUCUGAUGAAGUUUAUGGUUAAUCUACGAUUGUAAAUUUAUGAUUGUAAAUUUAAAUAAAAGUCCAAUUGAGGUGAACCCAGUUACCAAAAAGUUAAAUACAGUUUUUGUUUAUUGCUGCAAAUUUCUAACCAGAAUAUUUGAAGUAUCAUUGGGUGUAAAACUGUAAAUGUGAUCUUUAUCAUCGUAUUGUUUUUCUCCUCGCAGAGUCACUUUGGCCAAAGAUCGGCGUCCCUCUCAAAGUCGUGCGAACGAAGGAGAACAAACUGAGUAACCGCUUCUUUCCUUACGAUGAGAUUGAGACGGAGGCAGUGCUCGCAAUCGAUGAUGAUAUCAUCAUGCUGACGUCUGAUGAACUUCAGUUCGGCUAUGAGGUGAGAAAAAAAAAAGGACUACCUCUGACUGCCUUCUUCAGCAUCCUUCGCUUUUCCAAUGCAGGAAACCAUUUCAGGUUGAUCCCAGAGUUUAAAGUCAUUUAGGGAGAUUACGGUCUCAUUCCCCUCCAGUUGAGGAGACUUGACGGCCCGCUGAAUGUGUUUGAUGUGUGAAAAAUGUUGACAGGUCUAGAGCUGAUGCUUUCCAUGUCUACAUACCUGCUGGCCCAACUGAGCGUAGCACACUCACCUGAAUCCAUUUAGAAGCUAUUUGAUAAAAUUGUGCUCAGUUUAGGGAUAAUAACACGGAAUUACAGGCAGGAUAGCAGAGCCUGUCUGUUUGACAGAAUGACUUCUUGCUUGCAGUCGAAGGAUUGAACGAGCUGCUUGUGUCAAGGUCUAGAUAUUCAGCCAGUUAUAAAGCCACUUCCAUCUGAGAGCAUUUUAACUUGAUUCUCAGCCGUGAUUUAAAAAUUUCGACAUCAUUUCCCUUUUCUAAAAUCAUCUUUUUGAAGUUCUCUUUAUCAUCUAUCAAUUGUUCACUUCAUUAAAAAUGUCUGUCAUCUGAUCCAGGUGUGGAGGGAAUUCCCAGACAGGCUGGUAGGCUACCCAGGCCGGUUGCACCUCUGGGACCAUGAAAUGGGAAAGUGGAAGUACGAGUCUGAGUGGACCAACGAGGUCUCCAUGGUCCUAACUGGAGCUGCCUUCUACCACAAGGUGAGCAGAGAAAGUUGGGUUGAAAUGAAGCCAUUUGGGUGUUUUUUGAGCUCUGACUCUGUCAUGCUGCUCUGAAGGAAGGAUCAGGUCAUUUCUGGAAGAGCGUGUUUUGGCGUAUUUGUAACACUGAUGGCAAGAGGGUUACAGUGAUUGACAAGCAGGGUUAUCUUGUCUCUCUAAAACUCAUACGCUCACUAAAGUUCAAAGUCAUUUCUACUGGGUUCCUCAUAUUUUCUUGUGAGGGACCCAAUGUCUGUCAUAUUGUAAAUAUUGAGAGCGCUGUUCAUCAAGAUGACAAGUUGUAAUAUGUUUUGUUAUUCUGUUUCUUUUCCAGUAUUUCAACUAUUUGUACACAUAUAAGAUGCCAGGAGACAUCAAGAACUGGGUGGACGCGCACAUGAACUGUGAGGACAUUGCCAUGAAUUUCCUGGUGGCAAACAUCACAGGAAAAGCCCCCAUAAAGGUACUUAUAAAUGCUCUGGCUGCUUUAAGCUUGCAGGGAGAGGUUGAAGCCUGACAGAGUGGUCCACCAUCUCUGGGUUUGAUCAGCUCUCACCCUUCAGCUUCCCUGCCUCCCCCCACCUCUCCCCUUCACAUUGACUGUGCCCAGGCUUAAAGCCCUGCCUUAACCUUCCUUAUCUGGGUGACACUCACUUGUAGUCCCCCCUCGCGGUAUGUUUUCUUAAGCAAACUGGGGCUCACACACACCCUGCCAUCACAUCAUAAGCUGCACACUCCCCUGCCCUCACACCACCACAUCUUCAAGUUGUUUUUUUACCCCAAAAAACUCUUUCAGAGCCCCGAGUGCCGGCAUGUGUCAGCAGUGCAGAUGUGAUGGAGAUUAGACAGAGUGGAGCAACACAUUGUCUUUCUUACCAGAUCCUUCACUGAGUUUUCAGAAACUUUCCUCUAUGGUGUGUGUGACAGAAGUCACACCGAACGCUAUUAGCAUCUAUCGGGGAUGCCAAGUUUUAACAUACAAUUGAGAGAGCCGAUUUCACCAAUGUGACUUUUUUCUUCUCCUAUCCAGGUGACCCCAAGGAAAAAGUUCAAGUGCCCUGAGUGUACCGCCAUAGAUGGACUGUCGCUAGAUCAGACACACAUGGUGGAGAGGUAUGGCAAUUUGUGUUCAAAACAGUGUCUUUGCUUUUGUUGCUUGUGCGUGUGAGGACAAAUGGCUAGAGGUGGGUGUCGAUGCAUCGCAAUGCUUCACGUGACGAUUCGGAUGAUAAUUAAUAAAUAAUAACGUAAUAAUUUUAAUAAUGUCGAUGCUUCGCCACAAGGCUGGAACAGUAAAACACGUAACUGGAACCUUAACGCGCACUCUGCCCGGACUGUUUAGUGAGUGGGACCACAUCAAACAGAGCGUGUUAGUGUCUAUGCAAAAUGGCAACAGCUUCAGCAGCCUCCAAAGAGCGGCUGAUUCCCUCACCACCGGGGCUGACUGCAACUGUGUGGAGGUACUUUGGAUUUUAUGAGAGAGUAAACAAGAUGACUGACGAGGCCUACGUGAUUUGCAAGAUUUGCAAAGCAAAAAUAAAGUACCUCAGCAACGCCACAAACAUGAGGCAGCACCUUGUACGCUCCGGUCGUGCCCGCUACACAGAGGACCAUCCUGGAGACUGUCUCCUAACUUCCCAGUUUAAGUUAAGUCAGUCAAAGUGCAAAUGUUUACAUAACAGUCAUACAGGUAUAAAUUAAAAUAUUUUGUCUUUGAAAAAUACAAGUCAAAUGUCCAAAAAACCUUAUUAUUUACUUAUUGAGUGUAGUUUUAGAGGUACUGAGUUAAUUGAUUGGCUAUUUAUUUAGAAAUGAAGCCUCAGAUGAAGACAUAAUCAAUCUUGUAUGGAAAAAAAGUGUUAAAAAUGGCAAUAAUCGAAGAAUCGUGGCACCAAUGAUCAAAUCAAAUUAACAAUCAUUAUAAUUCAUAGACUCGAAGUUUCCAUAUUCGUAAUUGCGUUGAAUCGUGAAGUACCCUUGUUGGAACACCCCAACAAAUGGCUACAGACUUUUUCAAGUGUGUGUGAAUGAAGGGCUUUCUCAUGCAUGCUUUUCAACCGCAACAUUUACUAUUUUUACAUAAAAAAAGGGGAAAAGACGUGAGAAAUACACAAUCUCGGCUUGCUUUGAAAUUAAAUAGUCACGUUUUUGUCCUUUAGGUCUGAGUGCAUCAACAAGUUUGCCUCCGUUUUCGGUACCAUGCCACUGAAGGUGGUGGAACACCGUGCCGACCCUGUGCUCUAUAAAGACGACUUCCCAGAGAAGCUCAAGAGCUUCCCCAACAUUGGUAGCCUCUGACCAGCUGGUAACAGAUGUUGGCACCUCAAGGCAGCCUCAACACUCGAUCAUUUGUUACGACCAUUGUCUUCUUAAAAUGGCAUCAACUUUCAGGCAUAAGUACGUCGUGUUAAUGUCUUCAUUCACAGCGAACGUUGAAUUCUUGGGAAGUUGAUAAGUGGAAUGAAAGUAGUUUGUUAAUUAAAGUAUAAGAUAUAUCAGAUAUUUAUACUAAUGUAUAGUGUAAUGUUACAUAGAUUUCUAUAGGAGGUUACCCUGAGUGUGAUGUUUGGCAGACAUGCCGACUAUGAUUUUCUUUUUCCCGACUAUUUCCCUCUAAAAUUAGACAUGGACCUUUCCUUUUUUUAUCUAAUUUAACAUGUUUAAUUUACAUGAUACAUCGUAAAUGAUCCAAUGACAUACCGUGGUAUGUAGGAUCAAUCUUCUAGUUAACUGAUUGUGACAGCACACAGCAUGGUGGCUCACAGAUGAUGUACAGUUCAUGUUUCACAUAUGUUUUCUUUUACACAAUCAGAUCGGGCAGUUCGACAAAGCUGGUACUACAAAUCUAAUAUAUUUAGAGUGAGUAACUGCUGAUUUUGAAACGUUGAUGCUGAGCUACUGGAACAUCUUGAAUUGUAAUUUUAUACUGCCUGAGCAAUCCUCUUAUUAUAUUUAUAGAUGAUAUCAAAUUGUGUAGUGACGAACAGACACUACCCAAACCCACACAUUUCCAAACAGGUGUGUAUAAACUGUUGAUUCAAUGCCUUUUUUUAAAUUAUGUUUUCCAGUAUAACUGUUGUGUUUAUUUCCUCGUUCUUUUACAUGGUGUCUUGUCUCAGCCCAAACAUUUCGGCUACACUCUGAAAGCGGUGCGGUCUUUUUGAAUUUUUUGUGCUUUUUUUUUUUUUUAUUUGCCUUUUUUAUUAUGAUUGUUUCUAUGAGGUCAUCAAAAUUGUUUUAAAUUUUUGGACUGAGUAAAUGUAUGAGUGUAUAUAUGACUUUGAUAAGUAAAGACCACAUUAAUGUGUACUCGAGUGUUAA